AUGUCUCGAAUACAACAGGAUCUCUCAAGCAGCUUGCAUCGUCAGAAUCCCGUGAUCUCAAACGGUGUUUCUCCGUCAAUGCUGCGGAGGGCGCUUUCGGGUGGAGGGAAACCUCACAUCGGCAUAGUCGGAGCCGGCUUCGCGGGUCUCCGCUGCGCAGAUGUUCUGCUGCAGCAUGGCGCUAAAGUGACUAUUCUGGAGGCACGAAAUAGAGUCGGCGGACGUCUGUGUCAAGGAGAGGUCAAUGGUCAUCUGGUAGACCUCGGACCAAACUGGAUACAUGGAACAGAUCACAACCCAAUUCUGGAUCUUGCAAAAGAGACGAACACUCUUACCCACACCUGGGACGGCCGCCAGUCCGUCUUCGAUCACUUGGGUGAUGCCGUUCCCGCACAGGAUGCAGCUGAGUAUACGGAGCUCGUCUGGAAAGUCAUCGGCGAGGCCUACGAGUAUGUGAACGAGCAUGGCGCCGAGAUCUCACCGUCUCGGAGCCUCUGGGACUUCUUCAAAGAGAAGUCGAAAGAAAUUUUCCCAGAUUCGGAUCCCGAUGCCGAAAGCAAGCGCGACACCUUGACCAGUAUGGCUGAAAUGUGGGGCGCUUUUGUUGGCAGCCCCAUCCAGCGGCAGAGCUUGAAGUUCUUCUGGCUCGAAGAGUGCAUCGAAGGCGAGAACCUUUUCGUAGCGGAAACGUACCGGAAAGUUCUCGAGCGCGUUGCGAAGCCAGUCCUAGCCGGGGCCGAGGUCAAGUUUGGCUGCAACGUCAGCGGCAUAUCUUCGAUUUGGGAGGGCAAACAGGCUCCUAACGUUUAUGUUGACGUUGCUGGUGGCGAUAGUUUUACGUUUGACGAAGUCGUUGUGACUACACCAUUGGGCUGGUUGAAGAAGAACAAGAAGGCGUUCAAGCCUGCAUUACCGAAUCGGCUGUCCGAAGCAAUUAAUGCUAUCGGCUACGGAUGUUUAGAUAAGACGUACAUAACGUUCCAAUCCGCCUUCUGGGAAAGCGCCGAGGAAGAAGAGGCUGAUCUCACUCGGAUACCGUCCAACGAGCAGCGCAAAGUGCCCAACGUAACAGCAACUACAGCGCCCCUUCAUCAGCCAGAGCCUCAGGACGCCUCGUCCAGCAAACACUACCCGGGCUUCACUCACUGGACCAGGCCCUUCUACGCCAAAUCUACGAACCCGGAUUGCUGGAACCAAGAGUGCGUUAACCUUGCCGCUCUUCCUUCAUCCGUGGCGCACCCGACCCUUCUCUUCUACCACUACGGUGCGCAAUCCCAAUGGAUCAGUUCUCUGCUCCGCACCGAGCCCGACUGGAAGCGUAUCCUCCUCGAUUUCUUCCAGCCGUACUUCUCCCGCCUCCCCAACUACUCGCCUGACUCUGACGACUGUAAGCCUACGGAUCUACUGACGACAGGCUGGGCGGGUGAUGAAUUCGCCGGGCACGGGAGCUACUGCAACUUUCAAGUCGGCUUGGAGAAGGGUGAUGAGGAUAUUGAGGUAAUGAGAGAUGGCAUGCCGGAGAGGGGCGUUUGGCUAGCGGGUGAGCAUACGGCGCCAUUUGUCGCAUUGGGGACGGUUACCGGGGCAUACUGGAGUGGGCAGGCGGUGGCCUUGAGGAUAGCGAAGGCGCAUAGGCUGGAGUGUGAGAUGAUGGAAUAG